UGACGUCUGUCACCGGAUUCUUUCCUACUACGAGCUAGUUGACUGGCCGAAUGGGUUGUUUGCGUUAGCCGUAGUGUUCUGCUAAAAUAGAGAUGGACUGUUGACGCUUGCUGCGUUUUAAACCGAAUCAAGUAAUUCAUCUAGGAAGACACGAUUUAAUAUUUGCGUCGAGAACCCGAUAAAAUGAUGCGUUUCAUGCUGCUGUUCAGUCGGCAGGGGAAGCUGCGUCUCCAGAAGUGGUACACGGCCACGGCCGAGAGGGACAAGAAGAAGAUGGUCAGGGAACUGAUGCAGGUGGUCCUGGCCCGCAAACCCAAGAUGAGCAGCUUCCUGGAGUGGAGGGACCUCAAGAUUGUCUACAAGAGGUAUGCCAGUCUGUAUUUCUGCUGUGCGGUGGAAGAGCAGGACAACGAGCUCAUUACUCUGGAGGUCAUCCACCGCUUCGUAGAGCUGCUGGAUAAGUACUUCGGCAGUGUUUGUGAGCUGGACAUCAUCUUUAACUUUGAGAAGGCCUACUUUAUACUGGAUGAGUUUCUGAUUGGGGGAGAGAUCCAGGACACGUCCAAGAAGAGUGUACUCAAGGCCAUCGAACAGGCCGACCUACUGCAGGAGGAGGAUGAAUCUCCCAGGAGUGUUCUAGAGGAGAUGGGUCUGGCAUAGUGACAGCAGGGUACUCUGCUCACAGCACUUUAUCAGGCUACAGACAAAGACUCUUUGCGUUCCAGGUGCAGGGGGGAGGAAAGGGGGUUUGUGAUGUGGGUGUGUAUGGGGAGGGGGUAAAUGGAGGGGUUUGGGUUAAGCCGGGGGGGUCCGAUGAGAUUCACACCGUUGACGUUCUGGUACUACUGAAUUCAAAGCAUUGCUGACAUUAAUUGUAUAUUAUCAUGAUGGUUUAAGGUUGUAAAACUAACUUUCCCAAAAUUCUCAAGUUUUCCAGAAAUCCUUAAUGGUGGAUUCUGGAUUACCUGUUAAAUCCUGUCUGAUAACGUCUCCCGGGUGACGCAGUGGUCUAGGGCACUGCAUCGCAGUGCUAGCUGCGCCACCAGAGUCUCUGGGUUCGUGCCCAGGCUGGGCUGGGUUCGCGCCCAGGCUCUGUUGCAGCCGGCCGCAACCGGGAGGUCCGUGGGGCGACGCACAAUUGGCAUAGCGUCGUCCGGGUUAGGGAGGGUUUGGCCGGUAGGGAUAUCCUUGUCUCAGUAUGUAAAAAAAAAUGUAAUAAAAUGUAUGCACUCUACUGUAAGUCGCUCUGGAUAAGACCGUCUGCUAAAUGACUAAAAUGUAAAAUGUAAAAAAAAAUGAUUCCUGGGAUCUUACAACUAUUUUUGGAUAACCUGAGAAUUUUUGGGAAGUUAACGGAAUAUUGCAACCGUAAUGAUCCACGCCCUAUGUAUAUUAGCUCUGUGAAAAUCAUUCCAAUUUUGGCUGGAAGAUUUAUUUAUUACUACUGUUAUGUAACCCAGAUGUAGGUUCAAAUAGUAUCUGAAAAUCCUUCAAGUACUUCCAGCGUUUGCUUUGGCCUGCCUGGAGACCAUUCUAUUGGUUCCAUUGUGCCAAUCAAGCUCGGCUUUAAGUAUUUGAAAUAGUUUUAGAACCCAGGUCUGAUUUGACCUUUGACACUUCCCUCAAAAGAGGCAGGUCAGAACACAUCUCAAGCCUUUUUAUAGCUGGGAAUGCAAUUAAACAUCAAAACAUCACUGAACAGAUUACGUUUGAUCAGAUUAGGGUUGCAUCGCCAAAUGGCAACCUAUUCCCUAUAUAUAGUGCACAUGGCCUCUGGUAAAAAGUAGGGCACUACAAAGGGAAUAGGGUGCCAUUUGGGGGACAUGAAUUUGGUUUUAAAUAAAUGGCUGUUUUAAAAUGUUUUGUAUAUGGACCACAUGUUAUGAGAUUAUUAUUAAUAAUAGUAAUAUAAUACGUUUGCUGUUUUUAAGGGAACACAUUGAUUGUCUGCAUUGGUGAGCUUUGUUGAACCUAUAGUAGGAUCUUGUCAGGGAACAAAAAUAAGUAACCUUGACAUUCAUAUAAAGAUGAAGGGAAACAAAUCUGAAAAAUUAUUCUUCCCAAAAUUCCAGUUCCAUCCAGAGUUCCUUUAGAAUUCUAGUUCUGUGUUCUAUUCCGGAACUGUUUCAGACCAUCGCUCCAUCUCUCCUCUCUCGCCCAGGCUUUCUUGUGGUGAGCAAGUAACCAACGGAGAAGUUUGUGCCGUUUUAGCCCUUGUGUGGAUGUGCUAACAUGAACGUGUUUAAAGGGCUCAAAGUGAUGAUGUUGAUGAUGAUGAUUCAACUUAGUUAAAACUAACCCAGGGCAAAAAAUAGUUUCAGGUUGUUUUUGAGCUGCAAUGCAUAAAAAAGUGAACUACUUUUAGAUGCAUGUGACUUUUUUUGGGAGAAAUACAACAAAGAAAUGGACCUAGCUACCAUUCCUAUAUAUAUAUAUAUAUAUAUAUAUAUAUAUAUAUAUAUAUAUAUAUAUAUAUAUAUAUAUAUAUAUAUGCACACACACACUAAAUGCAGUACUAUACCACAUGGCAGAUAAUUUCUCCCCAAUUUACGCCUAUGGAAUACCUACCCUCCAAAGAUUCAUCAUGUGUUUGUCUGCAACAAGAGGGAAGAAACUGCAACUAGUAGAGUUUGGCUUCACACUAUAAACAUGUGUUCUUAUAACCAGACUUUAGCCCUUUGCUUUUAACAAGGUACGUUCCAAUGUUCAUACUACUUGCUAGUGUGCAUUCCCAAAUAUGUUGCUUUACUCCAAGUAGUAUCAAUACAUAGGCUAUGUUCCAAUAUCCACACUGGCAUACAACUUAGAAUUCAUGCCCAAUAUAUUGCUUACCUACCUACCCAAUCCUCUUUGUGUCUGGAGUAACACAAGGCUUCUAGGGGAGAGCACCAGUGCUUCCGGUCUGCAGCGUUCAUGGUGAGGAAUUAUUAGAUGAAGUCAUACUCCAUCUUCUUCUCAAUCCUCCAUCGCAUCUGCCCUAUAUAGUGUUCUGUUCAAAGGGAUCUGAGCAAUGGGACAGAGCUUCUUAGUGGUCUAGUGUGGAUUAUUGGAACUACACCUGAAGUUGGAAGCUAUUUUGAGUAGUGUUGAGGUUUUUCAGGGACUCUGUGGUGUUUUAUUCAUUUUGUAAUCCAGCAUUAGGAGUGGGAGGUCUGAUAAAUAACUACUGAACUAAGGUCCAGUCAUGGCACCCUCUUCCCUAAAUUUAUUUAACUAGGCAAGUCACUGAAGAACAAAUUCUUAUUUACAAUGACGAUUUACAAUGGGUUGCAGACGGAAUCAUGUGGGAAUGUAAUUUUAUAAUGACAAUAAAAUCACAUUUUAAAAGUA